CCCCCGGCCCCGCCUGCAGCGCCAGCUCCCCCGUCGAGUCCUACAGCGGGCCCAGGGCCGCGAACGCGCCUCGGGUCGUGCCGCGCGUGCCAGCGCCGGCACCUUUGCCGGCGAAGCUCCCAGAGCUGCGGCUCUUCUAGGACGGAUCCACCGGAGCCGGAUCGCGGGACGAGCUGUGCGCCAAAGCUAGCGAUUUUAAUUUUUUUCUUCUAUUCUUUUUCCUCCUGAUUAGAGUAGACAGAUGAUGUGUGCAAGAGAAGACCGAUUGUACCACCAGCACUACUAUUCUUUACGCGAUAAGAAUUGCGGUUGAUUGAUUGAUGCCCAAA